AGCCGCCCGGCCGCUGUGAGGCGCGGGAGAAGCCGGAAUGUCAGCUUUCUUAUCGCUGUCUGGUUGUUGAAACAGGAUUCUGGCCUGGGUCCGGGGCCGCCAUGGGGAAGGUGAAUGUGGCCAAGUUGCGUUACAUGAGCCGGGAUGAUUUCAGGGUCCUGACCGCGGUUGAAAUGGGCAUGAAGAACCAUGAAAUUGUUCCCUGCAGUUUGGUUGCUUCUAUAGCCAGCCUUAAACAUGGUGGUUGUAAUAAAGUUUUAAGAGAACUAGUAAAACAUAAACUUAUAGCUUGGGAGCGAACCAAAACUGUCCAGGGCUAUCGGUUGACAAAUGCAGGCUAUGAUUACCUAGCUUUGAAAACACUUUCUUCUAGACAGGUGGUUGAGUCUGUUGGAAACCAGAUCGGUGUUGGCAAAGAAUCUGAUAUUUACAUUGUUGCAAAUGAAGAAGGGCAGCAAUUUGCAUUAAAGCUUCACAGACUGGGAAGAACCUCCUUUCGAAAUCUGAAAAACAAGCGUGAUUAUCAUAAACACAGGCAUAACAUGUCUUGGCUUUAUUUAUCUCGUCUCUCUGCCAUGAAAGAAUUUGCUUAUAUGAAGGCAUUGUAUGAAAGGAAAUUUCCAGUUCCAAAGCCAGUUGAUUAUAAUCGCCAUGCAGUGGUCAUGGAACUCAUAAAAGGCUAUCCUCUAUGUCAGAUACACCAUGUUGAAGAUCCUGCAUCAGUAUAUGAUGAAGCUAUGGAACUAAUUGUUAAACUUGCAAAUCAUGGGCUGAUUCAUGGAGAUUUCAAUGAAUUCAAUCUCAUUUUGGAUAAAGAUGACCACAUCACCAUGAUCGAUUUUCCACAGAUGGUUUCAACUUCUCAUACCAAUGCUGAAUGGUAUUUUGACAGAGAUGUUAAAUGCAUCAGAGAUUUCUUCAUGAAACGUUUCAGCUAUGAAAGUGAGCUUUUCCCAACCUUUAGUGAUAUCAGGAGGGAGGACUCUCUUGAUGUAGAGGUUUCUGCCAGCGGCUACACAAAGGAAAUGCAGGCAGAUGAUGAACUACUUCAUCCAGUAGGUCCAGAUGAUAAAAGUAUUGAAACAGAGGAGGGAUCUGAAUUCUCAUUUUCUGAUGAAGAGAUAUCAGAAAAAGCAAAGGACUGUAGAUCAGAUAUUGAAAGUGGACAGAACUCUACAGGUGAAUCAGUUGACUGCUGUUACAGAUCAUCUGGAGACCUUGAACAAAUAAAGGAAGACAGUUUGUCAGAGGACAGUGCUGAGGCACAUAGUUUUGAAAUGACUGAAUUCAAUCAGCCUUUAGAAGAAAUAAAAGGGCAGGUUGUUACAAACAGUUCUGUAACUGAGUUUUCUGAGGAGAAUAGCAGAACUAAACAUGACACCAGGCAAGAUGAUAAGACAGGUCAAGGUGGAAUCCUCAUGGGCUCUGAGGAGUAUGAAGAUGAGUGCCCUCAUAUGAUUGCCUUGUCAUCAGUAAACAAAGAAUUAAGGCCUUUCAGAGAUGAAGAAAAUAUGGAAGAUACUAAUCAACAUAGAACAAGAACUCUGAGUGUUACUUCUGUGGGCAGUGUGUUAAGCUGUUCAACAAUUCCUCCGGAAUUGGUGAAACAGAAGGUGAAGCGUCAGUUGACAAAACAGCAAAAAUCAGCUGUGAGACGACGAUUACAGAAAGGAGAAGCAAAUAUAUUUACAAAGCAACGGAGAGAAAACAUGCAAAAUAUUAAAUCAAGUUUGGAAGCAGCUAGCUUUUGGGGAGAGUAAUAUAUUUAAGAAGUUGAAUAUUUUUCAAAAAGUUACUAUGAUCCCUUUUUAAGCCACCUUUAGUAUUUUUUGGACCAAGGCAGAUACAUAUAUAUAAAUAGAUAAGUAAACCCUCUUUCAUCAAUAAAUUUGACUCAUUCGGUACAUGUCUUCUAAAGAAUAACUAUAGUAAUUCUGCUAAAGCAACCCAGUUUUCCAAGUAAUUUUUUGUUAGGAAUAUUUGAGUUUUUUGUUUUUUGUUUUCAGUACGCGGGCCUCUCACUGUUGUGGCCUCUCCCGUUGUGGAGCACAGG